CUUGCGUUUCGUUUCUUCCUAUGUUUAUCCAUCCAUCAAUUUUGUGUGCUUGUUUAUCCACCCUAUCUCUUCUCUAAACUUGAAAUUUCUUCGAUUAUAAAAUUUGGGAGGAUAGUUUUGUGCUGAACCUGUUGCUCUCUCUCCCAGUCAUAAGCCUACUAUGUUUCUAUGACUUUGUUAUACAUUGUAUCGAUGUUCACAACAAUUCAAAAGAAUUUGAAUCUGGUUUAUUCAAUCAACUUGACAUACUGGUAAAAAUUACGAGUUUACUGAUAAGAGUAGAAAGUCAUCAUCCAGUUUAAAAAAAAAACAAUGAUUUCGGAGGGCAAUGACUAACAGUGAGGGUGAUAAACUAAGUAAUGUGCGUUCAGAAAAGAAGAAACUAUUAGAUAAAUAUGAAUUGACUGUUGAUAAAUUGGAUUUCAAAUACGUAGAACAAUGUAAGAACGUUAGAGAACUAGAAAAGAUCUGCAAGGUUCUAAGGUCUGGUGAAGAAGGCACUUAUCCAGAUCUACAAAAGAGAGCGGAAGAUAGUCUUCGAAAGUUAUCUCCGAACAACAGAAUUUUUCGAGUGGAGGAACCGAUAUUGAGACGCGAAGAGUUACCCAAAAGUCAGAGGGAUGAAAUUGAAAAAGAAAUAGAAUCAUUCAAAUUCGAAAUAUCAUCGAAGGAUGAGCAGCUGCAGAAUACAAACAGCGUGGUUGAAGAAGGACUCCAUCCGCCAAUACGAAGAGCAAAACCAAAACAGAAAAAGCUUCAGCCCGAAGAACCCAAGAAACCCGCUAAAAAGCCGGUAAUGAGCGAUUAUUCGACGUGGGAUAAGUACGACGUAGACAGUGAAAUAAUAAAGAUGGAUCUGGAGGAAGAGAGAAAGAGAGCACUGGCUGAAGUAGAGGCGAAAAAGGAGAAAGCUCAACCGAAACUGUCAGCUGAAGACAAGAGGAUACAAGACGUUAUCAAACAAUCUGAUUUGCUGUCUGAGACGGAAAAAUCAGUGCUGGCACUUCGAGAAAAGGACAGAGGGAAUGAAUACUACAAAGUGGCUGAUUUCGAGGAAGCCCUUCGCUACUACACGGCUAGUAUUGCCAUCCAUCCCAAUGCGGUAGCCUACAGUAAUCGCGCUGCAUGCUAUCUGAAGCUGAGCAAAUUCGAGCUAGCACUGAGCGAUGCGCAGAACAGCCUGCGCCUGGACCCGUUGAACACUAAGGCACUGUUUCGGCGAGGCGUGUGUCUGCAGCACAAGUUGUCCUAUGACGAGGCACUGGCCGACUUCCAGACGGUGCUCGAACGGGAGCCACACAACAUCAUGGUGCGUCACAUGGCCGACAGACUUGCCCAGCAGGCGGCCGAAAUGCCGCGCAAAGUCAGGAUGCUGAUUGAAGACGAAAAUAGCGACGAGAAGAAGUUGGUUGAGAUGUCAGAGGAGGAGGCGAAGAAGAACAACAAGAAAGGCUACGAAGUGAACGAAGUGGGAUUGGCCAAGUCGAUGUGUCACUGCUACGGACGUCCCGCCUUCCUCAACAGUCCCAACACCAACGCAAUCGCUGAACACCUCCUAUGCGCCGAAGACACAUCCCAGAAACCUCUAAACAUCAACUCAACAUUAGUCGUCAGCAAUACUUUGAACGGAAACGGCAAUGAUAAAGUGGUGGAGAUUGAAAGCAACACAAUGAACGGAAAUGCUAAAGUGGUGGAGAUUGAAGAUGAAGCUGCCAAUACAAUUUUGUUCAAAAAACCGGUAGAAACUGAAACUGGAGUAGUCCCGCCUCCUCUGAAGAUCAAAAUUGUUGAAACAGUUGGGAAUGAAGUUAGUUGUAAUAAGAAGAAGACAGUGGUGAAGGAUAUGCGGCGAAGUCAGAAUGGAAACGAUGCGGAUCUCAACAAUCGUAUGAGUGAUAUGCAGGUAGGAGAUGUGUCAGUGGGAGCUAGUAAUCAUCGUAAAGUGAUGAACGUCAACUCUCAUCUGAACUGUUCCGGUGACAGCAAUUUGAACUCGGAAGCUGAUGUGAGCACGGGAGCAAUCAGACGUCCAACCUCGAUUUGUGUGGCCGACAAAUACCAGAAGAAAUCGUCAGACACUGUGAUGUCACCAAUGACUCCCCAUAAAUACUACACGGUCUGCUCCACCAUGCGCAGUGCAAGUGAAUUCGGUCGCAUUCUGCGCAACACUGACCCCAAACAGCUGGAUUAUCUGCUGAGUAACAAACUAGACGAACAGAUGUUGUCCAACAUGGUUCAUGCGUUGGCCACUGAAUUCGACCUGCAGACUGAAUCGGACACAGAAACUGUGUGUGAUUAUCUGCUCUCCAUUAGCAAACUGCAGCGUGUUAGUUUUAUUGCAAUGCUGCUAGAAAAAGAAACGAAACAAGUGCUUCAAAAUCUAAUUAAUAAGGUUGCAGGUCACAACUCUACUGCUUUAUUGAAUAGUUUCUCACUAAAUUAAGGACUAUUAAGUGUCUUCUUAGGAUAAGUUAGUAUAAAAUAUAGAAUUGAAUGUGGUAUUCAUUGUUUUCCCCUUUAUCAUGGGCAUCAUUAGAUUAUCUUUGUUCAAUAGCUGCUCCCUGAAAUGUUCACCUAAUUUUAUUAAAGUUUAAGAGCUAGCUUAGUUGAUUAAAACUGAUUCAAAAUCUAUUGUAGACACACAAUUGGAUUCCCUUAAUCUAUUCACCAAGGCCUAAUUAAGAAAAAAAUUAUUUCAUGUGAAGUCAAGGAAAAUGUAGAAAUUACUACUUCAACAAUAAGAUGCCUUCAAGAUCAAUUAGAACUACUUUUACAUUAUCACUUCUUUCUUGCCUUUUUCUUCUUCGUAAGCUUAUCUAUUAAAUUUUUUCUAGCAGUUUGUGAAAUAUAAUUUUGUCUACAGACCAUAAACUUGGUUGAAAAGAGUUGAAGAUUCGUAAUAAUUAUCAAUGUAAUUUGGAUAUCUUCAAUUUAUUCAUCAAGGCCUAAUUAAGAAAAAAGUAUUUCAUGUGAAAUUAAGGAAAAUGUAGAAAUGACUACUUCACCGAUAAUAUGCCUUCAAUAUCAAUGAGAACUAACUGUUGCUUUAUCAGUUCUUUUUUGCCUUUUCUUCUUCGUAGGCUGAUCUUUUAGAAUUUUUCUAUUUAUUUGUGAAAUAUAAUUUUGUCUACAGACUAUAAACUUGGUUAAAAAGAGUUGAAGAUUCGUAAUAAUUAUCAAUGUUGCCUACAAUUCAAAUUGGGUACCGGUAUCCCUUUGUGAAAUAAAAUGAGAAUCAUCGAGUACCUUUCUUUAUUUUGAUUAAUGCAAAACAUGUUUCAACUCAUGAGAGUCAUUUUCAAAUGCAAAUAAAAUAUAAGGAAUAAUAAAAAUAUCCCUUCGUUCGUGCGUAUCGGGUGAUCUAUAUGCCAAUAUUUGAGUAGUAAUCCACUCGUAAAACAGCUUCGUCAUUAUAGAUGAAAAGGUCAUGUCUUGUGCAUUUUGGAGCAUGACAACAUUCUAAUAGGUGGUUUUUAUAUCACGGCAGUCGCAGUGCGGAUCGUCAAUUUGCGUCCAGGUUGUGCAGUUUUCUCUUGUGCAGGCACAUUCAGCUCUGAGGCGGUUUAGUCUUCCGCUACUUGACAUAAUAUGGCAGCUUUGCUCCCGAGGGCAGUCGCUCCUGAAGCUCAAUGCCAGUGACAUCUGUACUAUACUCUCCUGCCACAGCUGAAUCUUUUCCUUUCCUAUUCAUUUGUGAUAUCUAUCAAAUAUGAUUCACCUCAAUUUUGAAGAAAUUAAUAAUUUUUGUCAAAUUUUGUUGAGUAUAAUAAUAAAAGAUUAAAUUAUUUAAUUUCAUUAUUAUUCUUAUACUGAAUCAUCAAAUAUGAUCACUUUAAAAAACCGUUGAAUAAGUUACCAUUAUUUGAAAUUGUGAGGAAUCAUUGAUGUGCUCCUUUGCAGUACCGUACAGCACUUGAUCUUUUCCCCUUAUUACAUCAUCAAGCCUAAAUUUUAAAAUCAAUUCAUACAGACAAGGCUGGCCAAUACAAAGCAUAAUAUUAUUGUUUUAAGCUUGGAGAAGCGCUGCUAUCUAUCUAUUUUUUUAGUUUGUUUGAAACCGAUUGAUUGAUAGAAAUCUAAAUUGAUUCUUUGGCAUGAAUUCUUAGGUUUAAUCGAUAGUCAAUUAAAAAUUUCUCUCAAAUUGGCAACUCCUAAAAUCUUUGCUUCCAUUGUCAAAUUUUUUGGUAGCUUUCCAGUUCUAAUUUGUGGUAGCUAGUAAAAAAUUAUCCGCGAAUAUCUCUUGAAUUUUCUGUACCGUAGGUAGUUAUUUUUCAAAACUUUCUACUUAGUACAUAGUAAGAUUAGGAAUAGACCUACAUAUUUGUAUGAAUAUCCUCAACAGAAUUCAUCGAAUAUAUUAUUUGUUAUUGAAAUUAAUUCUGUGUCUAUAAAGUGUUUUUUUAAUAGUAGGAAAGAGUUUUGCUCGAUAAGUUGAUCUGAAAAGUCCAAUUUGUUUGCUAUCAGUGUGUAGUGCAGUUGUAAUGUUUCUUUAGAACCAUUUUGUUUAGAGGGGCUCUAUGUAUUUGAAUUUUGUGUAAUCAAAUAUUAUUGUUAACGAUAAAAUAAAUGGAAUUAAUUUUUCUGAUCUAAA